CUGCGUCUCGAGAAACUUAUAGACACAGAGAGAGAGAGAGAGAGAGAGAGAGACACACACACAGAGUUCAAUCAAUGAUCCACCGAUCCGUCCCGAUGACUUCAUAAGCAACAACGAAUUGCCCACGCCUCGCCGUCUCUCGCUCCGAUUCUCCGAGUCUAAAAGGAUGAAUAAGAGAACGAGAACCAGCGUCGACACGGCAGUGGUCAAUGUUUGGAAGCGAGAGGUCGGCCAGCUCUCCACCAGGAACUUCGCCCACCGCCUCGGCGCCUCCGAGGAUCUUGUUUGGCGAUUUGAUAUCUACAGGAAGCUGGAAAAGCACAGGGGCUGUGUGAACACUGUAAGUUUCAAUGCAGAUGGUGAUAUUCUGGUUUCAGGAUCUGAUGACAGGCGGGUUAUACUCUGGGAUUGGGAGACUGGGCGUGCCAAGCUUUCAUUUCAUUCAGGUCAUAAUAACAACGUUUUUCAAGCAAAGAUCAUGCCUUACACAAAUGACCGAAGAAUUGUUACCUGUGCUGCAGACGGGCAGGUGAGACUUACCGAGAUUUCGGAAUCUGGAGGAGUGGAAAUUAAAUUGCUUGCUAAGCAUCAAGCACGAGCUCAUAAGCUGGCUAUUGAACCUGGGAGCCCUCAUAUAUUUUAUACCUGUGGUGAAGAUGGGUUGGUGCAGCAUUUUGAUCUGAGAACUCAGGCUGCCACAAAACUUUUCACAUGCCAACCCAUUGACGACAGGAGGAAUUACAUGUCAGUUAUCCCUCUAAAUGCCAUUUCUAUUGAUCCAAGGAAUCCAAAUCUCUUUGCAGUUGCAGGCUCUGAUGAAUAUACUCGACUUUAUGACAUCCGCAAAUACAAGUGGGAUGGAUCAACCGAUUUUGGUCAACCCUCAAACUACUUUUGCCCUCAACACUUAAUUGGUGAUGAGCAUGUUGGAAUAACAGGCUUGGCCUUUUCAGAACAGAGCGAGCUGCUUGUGUCAUACAAUGAUGAAUUCAUCUAUCUCUUUACACGGGAUAUGGGAUUGGGAUCUAAUCCACUUCCAGCUUCUCCAGUGUCUCUGGGCAUUGAUGCUGGUGACAAAACAGGAGGUGAUCAUCAAUUCUCAGCAUGUCCAUCAACCAUGGAUACCGAUGAAAAUAGUACUCCCCAAGUUUACAAGGGGCACAGAAACUGUGAGACAGUGAAAGGUGUGAACUUCUUUGGGCCUAAUUGUGAGUAUGUUGUGAGUGGAUCAGACUGUGGCCGGAUAUUCAUAUGGAAGAAAAAAGGUGGGGAGCUCAUUCGUGUCAUGGAAGCGGAUAAGACUGUUGUAAACUGUAUUGAGUGUCAUCCUCAUACCAUGGUACUUGCAAGCAGUGGAAUUGAAAGUGACAUCAAAAUAUGGACCCCGAAGGCCCUUGAGAGAGCUACUUUACCUACAAACAUUGAAGAGAAACCCAAGGCCAGGGGCUGGAUGUAUCGUAUAGCUUCUCCUGAUGAUUUGAUGUUGCAACUAUUUUCUCUGCAAAGGCAGAGGACAAGCCCCGAUCGCAGUGGAGAAACUUCGGAUGCGCGUCGGGAACUUUUGGACCUAAUUCUGACAUUCAAUGCCAAUAGCGAUGCUUCUUCAGAUAAUGAAGGAGAUACCAUCAGCCAGGAUGACUUGUUUUAUUGAGAUGCUGGAGAAAUCUUUUGGCCAUGAAAAAUGGUUGUAAUGUACAUAACAUAGGGUUUAAGUAAAACUGUUUUGGAUUUUCAUAUCCACUAGUUAUUUCCUAUAUCAACUUCUCCAUCAUUCCUUAAUGCUUUUUCUUUUUUUCAUACUCUUUGUGAAUGCGGUAUAAGUUGCUUAUUUAUGUCAGAUAUUGAGUUACCUA